CGUACGUCAUCAACGAGCGCCAUAAUCAAGACUCGUGUUUUGGUUUAGCACACGGUACUGUCUAGCGCACACUUAAAGUAAAUCUAUAGCGGAAUUUUAGCGGGAAAUAGUAGCCUGUUAUAUUUUCAAGAAGUUGUAUGUAUCUCAACGCAGCUUCAAUUUGAUUAGCGGGACCUGCUGCACAAGAGUUAAGUGGUCUGUAAGUGCAAAGUCAGUAAGACGUCUUGCUGAGAGCUGGUUUUCAGACGUGCUUUCUUGCAAACUAAAUCCGGCGAUUUGAGACAUUAGUAGACUUCCGCAUUAGCUUGUUACAUAUUCCCAAUGUGCCAGGUGGAUGAAGAUUAUCAUGAUCAAUUUGAACACGCGGACCCGCCCAGCGUGUCCAAGAAAUGUGUCAAGUGCAAAGAGGUGACUGCAGCUGUGGUCAUCAGAGCCAAAGAUGUGUACUGCAGGUGCUGUUUCAAGGAAUACUUCAUUCAUAAGUUCAGAGCCAUGUUGGGCAAAAACAGGAUUGUUUUCCCUGGAGAAAAGGUGCUGCUGGCUGUAUCCGGAGGUCCUUCCUCCUGCUCAAUGCUGAGUCAAGUCCAAGAGGGUUUGAGUCAGAAUGCUCACAAGAAGUUGAGAUUCUUACCCGGCAUCGUCUACAUUGAUGAGGGUGGUGCAGUAGGUCAGUCUGUGAAGGACAGACAGAGGACGGUGGCUGAGCUGCAGGCUGUGUUUAAAGCAACUGGUUUUCCCUUCCACAUCGUGCCUCUGGAGCAGGUUUUAGACCUUCCCAGUUCAGUAGUUAUGAAAGCCCCAUCGCCUUCAGAGCGACCAGCCAGUGCCUAUAAAGCAGCUGUGGAUAACUUCAUCCAGAAUGACAGCAGUAGCUGUUUGACACCACAGGAACAGGAGGAAACAUCACUACCUGAUAUUCAGGAAUGCCACACACAGUUACUGCAGCAGCUGAUUGGCUCUGCCAAGACCCUGACGGCCAGAGAGGACCUGCUGAACACUUUAAGACAGCACCUGCUGGUGCACACAGCUCGAACUGAAGGCUACAGUAAGCUGAUGCUGGGAGACAACUGCACCAGAGUGGCUGUAAAACUCCUCACCAGUAUAUCACUGGGCAGAGGGGCACAGCUGGCUCAAGACACAGGUUUCUCAGACUUCAGGUAUGACGACGUCAUAUUGGUGAGGCCAAUGAGGGACUACUCGGCUAAAGAAAUAGCCUACUACAACCAUAUGUUCAAAGUGCCAUCUGUGUUCAUACCAAACCUGGACACUAAGACAACAGACAAGGCCAGUAUCCAGCAUCUGACAGAGACUUUUGUCACUAAACUGCAGACAGACUUCCCCUCUACUGUCAGCACCAUAUACAGGACCAGUGAGAAGCUACAGACAGCGUGUAAGAGCUCUUCCACAGCUGACCACUCUGACAGAUGUCUGCUCUGCAUGUGUGCCCUGGAUACUGCUGUUGAGGAUGCGUCAGCCGUCAAAGCCACACUGAUCUCCGAGCAGCUCUCAGGAGCUACCACUACUGAGAUCCCAAGACAAAACCUAACUCCAGUCAACACAGAAUCAACUGCUCCCACUGGACAGUGCUGUUCCUCUGGAACAGGAGAGGAUUGUGGGAGUGCAGCAAGUGGUGAAGGCUCCUGUUCUUCUGCCAAGGCACCAGAAACAACUGAUCUGAAGAGCCUGUUGUGCUACAGCUGUCAGCUGACCAUCAAAGACAUGUCAUCAGUGGACCCACUCCCGCAGUACAUUCUGUCAGAGGCUCAGAGGAGGUUAAGGAGGUCUCACAUGAGAGAGGUGAUCAGUGAGUUCCUGUUGGAUGAUGGUGAUGAAGCUGAUUAGAAGGAGGAGACAAAGUCUGAUGAAACGGAAAUAAUGUUUAAUGUCCAACUCUAGCAGUCCACUCUGAAAAAAUGCACAUCCUAGAUAUACUGCAGGGAGGGGAGGACUUUGAAUUAUGAAGAAACAUAUUGACAUGUUAAGAUUUUUUUUAAUAUCAGCCAUCCAUUAUGUCUAUCCCAUUUAUCUGUAUCACGGGGGGCUGGAGCCUAUCCCAGCAUGCAAGGAGUGAGAGGCCGAAUACAACAUGGACCAGAACUUCACAGGACUAGGUGGGAACUCAGCGCUAAAACAGUGCAGAGAGCAGCUUUGUUGUGAGUGUCUACUGAAGAGGCAUGAAAUAUAUCCAGGAAGUAUAAUAGAGUGAAAGAUCCACAUGUUUGAAGAUUUGUCAGACACCAAAACACUGCCUUGUUUUGUAAUACACUCGAUAUAAUUAUACAGCUCUGGAAAAAUGAUCACAGGGGCAUCUAUUAUCCUUUGUAACAACUGUCACAAUGUAAAUUGUAGACUAUGAAAAUAAAGUAACCCACUAGAUUCUGAG